AUGUAUAAUCCUUACCAACCGCCGGGUAUGUACGGCAGAGCUCCCGACUAUGGAGCCUACCCCGGUGCUCCCCCGGGUAUGGGAGUGGCCGCGCCCGGAACUGCUGCUCCACCAGGCAUGCAACAAAACAAUAACCAGCAACCUGGUCGCCCCGGCGGCCUCCCGGCCAAUUUCCAACCGCCCCCGAACAUGCCCAACAUCAACUUCUCCGCACCCGUCAUUCGCCUGGGCACCUCCGGCCCUGCGAAGCCCGCUGCCCCCGAGAUGGGCCGUGAGCGAGGAUCAGAUGGACCGGGACGUCGUCCGGGUCUCGGAUCAUCUGGUAUGGACGAUCGACGCCACCAUGGUCGCGAUGCGAUGAUGCAGCUUCAGCCACCUACACGGGAUGAAAUCGUGCGCACACUGUUUGUUGGAGGAAUCACCGAGGGUGUGGGUGGCGAUGAUGGCAUUGAGCGUAUCUUGCGGUCUGCGGGCAAUCUACGACGGUGGAUUCGAGCUACGGAUGCCGACGAGAAGCCGUGCCGAUUCGGAUUUGCCGAGUUUGAGGACCCGGAGAGUCUCGAGGUGGCCGUGGAAGUGUUGAAGGAGGUUGAAGUUCCCGUAAAGCGCCAGAUACCCCGUGCAGAGGGCGAGGAAGAACAAGAAGUGGAAAAGAGCACCCUCUUGGUUGUUGUGGAUGAAAGCACUAUGACCUAUCUGGAACAAUUUGAAGCCAUCCGCGGCGAGAGAGAUCCCAAGGAGCUUCAAGCGCGCUUCGAUGCUGCUCGCGACAGUCUGAAGAAUGUUCUGUCCGAGCUAUUCCACCCUGCCAGCCCCACCCAAAAGGAAGAUAUUUCCGGUGUUGACCGAGAAGGCGACACGGAGAUGAAGGAUGGAGAGACCCAGAAGGACGGAGAGGUGGUUACGAUCCCCAUCACUGUCGAAGACGAACUGGCCGAUAUUCCCCCAGAGAUGCGUGAGAAUGUUGCGAAGGAGAUUGCGGCGUUCCGUGAUCGUAGUAACCGUCGUGAUAUCGAGCGGCUGAGACGUGAGGAGGAGAUCGAGUCCAUGGAGCGUGCUCGGAACUCUGGCUCGCGUAUCAGCCGUCUUGGUUCGCCUCCAGCCUCAGCACCCAGUGGACCGGCGGGUGGGGCUAACGGAAUUCCCUUAGGCCCCCGUGGUGACCGUAACGUGCACAAUGCUCCAUCUGGACCCAAAGGAUUUGGUGUGCAGAUCCCCAAGGACUAUCAAAAGGGCGUCUCAUUUGUAAAUGGCGGGGCGAUCAACGGAUCUCAAGUCUACAUUGACCGCGAGGACGAGGAAAGCGACGCAAGCGACGAGGAGCUCGAGCGCCGUCGUCAGGCCAAGCGUGAUGCCGAGCAAGAAAAGCAAUUCCUUGACCAGGAGCGCCGCUGGCUCAACCGCGAGCGCAGCAGAACGGCUGCCCUGGAACGUGAAAAGAAGCGAGACAAGGAGGAAGAUGGGAAGUUCCAGGCCGCUCAUGACGAAAUGGAGAAGCGCCUUAUGGACUGGGAUGAUAAUGUGGAGGCUAGCCGUAAGGCAAGCGAGUACUAUGCUGAUCGUGGCGCUUGGCUUCGGAGCCGCGCCGUGCUCCGAGCUCGCGAGGUUAGCAUGGACGAGGCUGACCGUGCUGCCGAGGAGCGUGAGCUUGCUCAGACCGCCAAGCAGGAGGAGCAGGCACGGGGUAUGGCCGAUGAUUUCCUGGCCCGUCAAGCUCAGGAACUGGAGGCUCGUGCCCAAGCGCCGGCCCCCCGCGAGGAAGAGCCGCAGCGAUUCAAGCUAUCCCUUGGCGCUGCAGCACAGAAGGCCCAGGCCGCCACCGGCCGCCGCACCGUUGCCGAAGUCGAAGGUCUACUGGAGGACGAGGAGGAGCCAGCCGGAACGACCCGCCGCCAGCUUAUCCCGAUCAAGUUCGACUCCGCCGCCGAAGCUGCGGGACUCUCGGACGAGGAGCGUGCCCAGGCCGCGCGCCAAUUGGCGGCCGAGAUCCCGACCGAGAAGGACGGAUUGUGGAAGUGGGAGAUCAAAUGGGAGUUUGUGGAUGAGGCCGUUAUCAGCGACCAGAUCAAGCCUUUCGUGGAGAAGAAGAUCGUCGAGUAUCUUGGCGUGCAGGAGCAGAUGCUGGUGGACGUUGUGGAGGAGCAUGUGCGAAAGCAUGGCUCUCCUCAAGAGCUGGUAGAGCAAUUGGAGAUGGCACUGGACGAGGAAGCCGAGGUGCUGGUUCGCAAGCUCUGGCGUAUGCUCAUCUUCUUCUCGGAGAGCGAGAAGCGUGGACUAUCGGGAUAA